AUGAUCAGAGAUAAAUUGAAACAGGCACAGAGUUGUCAGAAGAGCUAUUAUGAUCACAAGCAUCGACCUUUGGAGUUUGCAGAGGGUGAACAUGUCUUUGUGAGGUUGUCACCUGUGACAGGUGUGGGGCGUGCUCUUAGAGUAAGGAAGUUGAGUCCCAGGUUUAUCGGUCCCUAUCAGAUAAUCAAGAGGGUGGGACCCAUUGCUUAUCAGCUUUCCUUGCCUCCACAGUUAGCUAGUAUUCAUGUCGUGUUCCAGUUUCGGAGAUAUGUUCGGGAUGAGUCCCAUGUUGUGCAGCCUGACGAGAUUCAGAUACAAGAGAAUUUAUAG